AUGAAACUGGCAUGUCAUGAUCAUUAUUAUUCUACUAAGGCUAAAGUAAACGACACAUCCGAAUAUAACAUUAAUAGGUGUAGAUACGGGGAAAAGUUAUCCCAAGAGUUCGGUACUGGAUCAUAA